AUGUCCCUUUCUUCCCAGACAACCGGACAGGAGCCAGGGGACAGCACAUCGCUGGGUUCCUUGGAGUCCAGCGUCUUCUGCAGUGAGGAGGAACAGGGGCCCUUGCUGCAGAAAGUUGACCCCUCCUUGGACUGUUUCACCAUCAAUGUGGGUGGCAGCCGCUUCGUACUGUCCCAGCAAACUCUGUCUUGCUACCCAGACACCCGGCUCGGCAAGCUGGCCGUGGUGGUGUCCGCUGCCCGGGAUGUAGCCUCUAGCCUCCUGGAGCUCUGCGACGAUGCCAACCUGGUGGAGAACGAGUAUUUCUUCGACCGGAGCUCGCAGGCGUUUCGCUACAUCCUGAACUAUUACCAGACAGGGAGGUUGCAUGUGAUGGAGCAGCUGUGCGCCCUCUCCUUCCUGCAGGAGAUCCAGUACUGGGGUCUGGAUGAGCUCAGCAUCGACUCCUGCUGCAGAGACAGGUACUUCAGGAGGAAGGAACUGAGUGAAGCUUUGGAUAUCAAGAAAGAUGCAGAAGAGCUGGAUGCCCAGGAUGAAGAAGAGGAUUUCUCUGGGAGUCUCUGUCCCAGUGUCAGGCAGAGGCUCUGGGAGAUGCUGGAGAAGCCUCGCUCUUCUGUAGCUGCCAGGACUUUUGGCACUCUCUCUAUGGCCUUUGUUGUCGUGUCCAUUGCCAAUAUGGCCUUGAUUUCUGUGGAGCUGAGCUGGUUGGCGCCCCCACUACUGGAUGCCCUGGAGUAUGUGUGCAUUGUCUGGUUCACAGCGGAGUUUGCCCUGCGGCUCCUGUGCACACGGGAUCGGUGCCGCUUCCUGAGGAGCGUGGCGAACAUCAUAGACCUGCUGGCCAUUUUACCCUUCUACAUCACCCUGCUGGUGGAGAGCAUGUGCGGUGGGGAGAGCUCUCAAGAGCUGGAGAAUGUGGGGCGCAUCGUCCAGGUGCUGAGGCUGCUCAGAGCUCUGCGUAUGUUGAAGCUGGGCAGACAUUCCACAGGCUUGCGAUCUCUUGGGAUGACUAUUGCACAGUGCUACGAAGAGGUUGGCCUGCUGCUGCUUUUUCUUUCUGUGGGAAUAUCUAUAUUUUCCACGGUGGAGUAUUUUGUUGAACAAGGUGUCCCUGGCACAACUUUCACAAGUGUGCCCUGUGCAUGGUGGUGGGCAACAACUUCCAUGACAACCGUUGGUUAUGGCGACAUUAGACCAGACACUACCACUGGCAAGGUAGUGGCCUUUAUGUGUAUAUUAUCGGGUAUAUUGGUCUUGGCUUUGCCUAUAGCUAUAAUAAAUGACCGUUUUUCUGCUUGUUAUUUUACACUGAAGAUAAAGGAGGCUGCUCUUCGACAGCGUGAAGCUUUAAAGAAGCUCACAAAGAACACAUCAACUGACUCAAAUAUCAAUGUUAAUUUGCGAGACAUAUAUGCUCGCAGUAUCAUGGAUAUGUUACGGUUAAGAAGCAGAGAGAGAGCAAGCACCAGGAGCAGUGGUGGAGAUGAUUUUUGGUUUUGA